CUCUGACUUCGCACGGAAAUGAAGAUUCUUCGACCUAUCGAUGAGAAAGUUUCACUCGAUCCUGAGGCCUGGUGACUUUUCGAUCGAUACUUUGGUGAGGGGCCGUGGCACCGUGCAGCGAUCCGCCUGCAGUUGUGCAGUCUAGGUGUCCAGAGUUUGUUGGCUAUUCCUGACACGUUUGCCAUUACUCCUCGGAGGUUGAUCGAAGUCGAUUCAUCGCGGUACAGCGAGUCGUGGAAGAGCAUGAGUGACCAUGGUGAGGUGGAUCGGAGACGAAGUUACUGCAGUAGUUGUAAUUAAGGGGGUGGGGGCGACCGAAGCGGUGAUUGAUGAAGCGUGCGUGAGGAAAGUGUCGUGGGGCUGACGAAGGUGAUAAUCGUGCAUAGCUGGUGCUGUUGGUUGAUGAGGUGGUUUAGGUUGAUGAGGAUCGUCGGUUACAAGUGCAUGCAGGUGACCAAAGAGCGUGUGUAAGCGUGUGCGCGGGUGCGUGAUGUGCAGAACAAUCAGCUAGUUCUAACGCACUGUUACUCUUGCGCUCCGUUUCGAUCAUGUCAGGUUUGUCACAGAUCAGGGCGCUGCGUUGAAUUAGUGCUCUGUAUUAAGGAGGGGGGCGCUGGAGAAGAGAGGGCGAUCGUCUGCAGCCGCAUCCUAACUUUGACCUAUUUUGAAAUCGCGGUCUUUAGAUGUUUUUUUUUUAUUUUUUUUAUUUUUUUAUUUGUGAUCCUCGAGGUUGAGAAUUCGUGAUUAAGGAUCACAUUGCCUGACGCUUGCACGGUCAUAUUUCUGUGCAAUCUGUCUGUUGCUGUUAGGUUCUCUAGCGAUUGUAGUGUGGGAUUGAGGGUGUCGUUUGAGAGAUAUGGAAGUGCUAUUGGUGAGGGCAGCUGUACCAUUUCCUUGCCCUCGAAGAUCGCAGAAAUCUGCCGAAGCGCCGGAGCCCCAGAAAGUCCGUCAGUCCAAGUUUCUCACGAAAGACAGAUCUACGGAGAACCCCACUAAGCCGUCAGUGGCGGCGGCCGCAAGCAACUCUUCUAUGGAUCCCCAGAUUGCCCCCUCUGCUUCUGUAGCACCGCAUCCAGCGUUUCCACUCAGGUUUCCGUGGUUUAAGGGAGGCAAGAAGGGUGUUGCCAGUGAUGGAACUACCAUGGCCGCUGCUGCCGCAGCUGCUUGCGGGGAUGUUGCGUCUAUAGCAUUGUCUGCAGCCCAUGAUGGCACGACAUCGGAAUUGGACGCCGAGGAGAAGCGCACCGUGCACGAGGUUUUGUCGACUUUGCAAUCGCCCGCCACGGAACUCACUGCGCUGGAGGUGGGCGGCAUUAAGAGCUUAAGUCCCGAUGAAGCCGUUGUGGACGAGACUUCGGGGUCGAUUGGGAGUGACGAGCUCUCAAAAGCUGAAGCCCAGAUUGCGAGGAGCUGGUUACACAACUUUAUGAGGGUCAAGUUGUGGAACAAUAGGCAGUCCAAGACGACCACGAAAGCACCGCGGAAGCAGAGUCAGAACGGGGUCGAUCAACCCUGUACCGAUGUUUCGGAAGCAGAGAGUUCAGAGAGCCCUGAGAGCGUGGAUUCUUGUGAUCCAGUGCUUGAAGGUGGCGUCGAAGCUGCAUUAGGUUGUGCCUGCGAUGAGUGUUCGGUUGAUACGGAUAGUGAGAGGAUACCUUCUGGUGUAGAUGAAGUCCAGGAGAUCGAUCACAUCAAAAUCGUGCAUAAUCAAGAGUCGUUUUCAAAAUUUUUGCAGCCUGUCUCUGUGGGAGAGCUCAAGGCUCUUGCGCAUCUGUCCUUUCUUGCUAACUUAGCCUACGCGAUUCCAUCUAUCAAGCCGAGUGAUCUAUUAAGGCUCCACGGUUUGCGUUUCAUCACUUCGUCGGUACAUUUAAAAGCCGCUGAAGAGAAGGCAGCCCUGGAGAAGGCAGCAAGAGAAAAGGCAGCACAAGAAGAAGCAGCUGCGAAGGAAAUUGCAAGACUUGAAGAGCUGGAGCAAUCGUCGCCAUCUCCUGAAGCUAUAAGCGCUAGACCAGUCAACGUCCCUAAGCAUUCGAGAGUAUUUUCUCUUUUUAGAAAUACAACUGUGCAUGAAUCAGAACCGCUGCCGAGUAGUCUACCGCUGAUGGACGAGCUCUGUGUAGAGUGUCAAUCGAAGUUAGUAUCACCUGUUGACACAAAAGUGUCUGCCAAUACAUCAGACUCUCCUGUAGCGCCGGAAAGUCAUGAGGACAUCGUUUCAAGUAUAUCGGCUGAAGCACAACCCUUGCAUAGCUGCCCUUGUGACUGGUUCAUCUGCGAAGAAGAACUUUCCAAAACACUCAACCUUUCCAUUAAGGGGUCUGAUUCAGUGGCAUCAUGGCAAGCCAAUCUACUGUUUGAGCCGACACGGUUUGAGGACCCAAAGCUUGGGGUGAUGGUACAUCGUGGAAUCUACGAAGCAGCACAAGCAUUGUACAAGGAGGUGUUACCUUGUGUACUUGAGCACUUGCAGAAGUAUGGGAGCGAAGCAAAGUUCCGUUUUACUGGCCAUUCAUUAGGGGGUAGCUUAGCGGUUCUUCUCUCUCUUAUGCUCCGAGUUCGCGACACUGCACCAUUGGAUUCCUUGUUACCUGUUUAUACAUUUGGAUCACCGUUUGUGUUAUGUGGAGGGGACCAUUUGUUGCAGCAGCUGGGCUUGCCUAAGGACCAUGUACAGAUGGUGGUAAUGCACAGAGAUAUCGUCCCCCGAAGCUUCAGUUGCGAAUAUCCCGAACAUGUCGCGGAGGUUCUGAAGCGCGUUAAUGGAACUUUCCGUAAUUAUUCUUGCUUAAAAAAACAGAGAUUGUUGUAUACUCCAAUGGGAGCUAUGCGCGUAGUUCAGCCACCUCCAACUCAAGCGCCGGGACACCCGUUUCUGCCACCCGGCAGCGGGAUCUACGACAUCUUGCACCCAAGCUCCUCCAAAGCAGAUGAAUCUGGGAAUUCGCCACAGGAAUCCAUGGAACUUCGAUCUGCGCAGAGGGCAUUCCUUAACAAUCCCCAUCCUUUGCAGAUUCUGAGGGAUCGAUCAUCUUAUGGAUCCGGGGGCAGUAUUUCCCGCGACCACGACCCCCGCAACUACGACAAAGCUGUGAACUACCUGCUGCGACAGGAGCUUAGGAAAUUGAGGAAAAGCUACAAGACUGAGAAGCGUGUGCAGAUAUGGUGGCCGUCUCUUGCAUCAGAGAUUGGUGUGGAGUUGAUCAAAGGCGUGCUCACCUCAAAGAUUGCAGAUUCAGAGCAUAGUGCAAAUAGUGGCUCAAUUGGGGCUGCAACCUCGGGGUUGGGAGCUAACCAUCAGGAGCUGCGGGGAUGUGGAAGUUUGGUAAAAAGUGUUCGGAGCGUUCCCUCGGCUAGGAAGACAUCAUCAGGAUCCGCAUUGGACCGGUUGAGUAGAUACAGCAGGUUGAUUGCUUCCAAGCAUGUCCACAUUGGCAUGCUGCUGCUUGUAUCGGCUCGUGUUCUGUUAAUGCAUGGCCUUGCCAUUUUCGUUGCGUGACU